AUGGGCAGGAGAAAGAUAGAGAUGAAGAUGGUGAAAGAUAGCAAUUCUAGGCAAGUGACUUUCUCUAAGCGUAGGAGUGGUAUUUUCAAGAAAGCUCAUGAGCUUGCAACCCUUUGUGCAGCCCAGAUUGCCAUUGUUGUUUUCUCUCCUGGAGGCAAACCCUUUUCGUUUGGCCACCCAAGCGUCGAGCCUGUUGUUGAGCGGUUUUUGAAUGAUAAGGGCAAGAAAUCGACUAAAGUUUAUAAUUUUUGUCGAUCAGAGGCUAGAUUGGAGAAACUUAAUAACCAACUCCUUGACUUGCAGAGGCAGCUUCAGUUUGAAAAGAAGAAAGAACAGCUGCUUCAGAAGGCGAUGAAAGCAAAUGAGAUACCAAAUCUUGAACCCCUGGAUGAGAUGAGUGUUGAUAAGCUUUUGAAGUUCAAGAAAGCGCUGGAAGAGCUUCGUGAGAAAAUGAAAGCUCGUGUUGUUGAAAUGGAGGCAUCAUCUUCUUUGCUCCUCCUGUCAAAGAACUGUAUUCAAGAAAAUAAUCAUCAUUAA